AUGUCGAAAGUAGUGAAGCUAGGAAACGUUUCAAGCCCCGCUGUGACAGUGGGAGACACGCUCCUGGAAGAAAUGGACUCAUUUAUCUACCUUGGAAGUGUCAUCGAUGAUAAAGGGGGAACUGAGGCAGAUGUCCCCUGUGGUAUUGGAGAUUUCCUGACAAUUUUCAACUACAAGUAUGGCAGAUGCUUCAUUUUCAACGAUAUGUUGCAAAAACAUAAUGACAUAUCAAGUCAAAGAUACACCACACAACCAGGCCCAGACAACGGUCUCAUCUUGGAACUAGAUGUUGAGCAGUCAGAAUACCUAGACACCACAGAGAGUGUGGGCUUCAAAAUCGUCGUGAACCCACAAGACACCAUCGCCUUUCCUGAGGACCAGGGCCUCAUAGUGAUGCCAGGAACAAGCACCAACAUCGGUCUCAAGAAGGUUGGUUUUCGUUUUCAAUCAAGUUCAAAACUUUUACAGACUCUGAAAACACUCGUUCAACAUGAUUUGAAGGUUAUCAAGGAUAUUAUAGUGGAUCUUCGAGAGAGCAGUCUUUUGUACUUUCAGGUGGAGAUGAGCCGAGCUCCGCCCCCGUACAGCGCAUGCGUGGAGCUUACAGAUGAACUGAAUGUUGAGUUGAACGUGUACUCAUUUACUGAAGGGACCCGUUACACGGCAGAGGCUUGCCGCAAAACGUGCUACAUGCGAGAGCUGGGCUAUCAAUGUGGUUGCUGUGAUCUACAUUUCAUAUGUCCUCCAGAAUUCUACAACAUCUCGUUCUGCAAUGCCACCAACACUGACGAAUUUGUCUGCAAAAAGCAAGUCCUCAAGAUGUUUGAAAAAGGAGAGCUGGACUGCCUGAGCCGUUGUUUGCCUCCUUGCGAGGAGGUAGCCUAUGAUGUGGCUCACUCUACAGCUCUCUGGCCUAGCAAUAACGCAAUCCUUAAUGAGAUUGUAAACAAUGGCUGGGAUAAAGCAGAUUACAAUUCGAUUAAGUCUAGUACUAGAGAGAAUGUUCUCCGAGUUGUCAUCUACUUCGAGGAUCUGGCAGUGAGGCGUGUGGAAUCUCGGCCGUCCUACGACUGGAACCGACUCCUCUCGGACAUUGGCGGUCAGCUGGGGCUCUGGCUGGGCUUCUCUAUCCUGACGGCCAUGGAGUGGCUGGAACUGGCCUAUGAUGCCGGGAUCAGGGUGGCCACCCGGAAGUCUCAGGGCGCGCACAAGACCAGGGUUCACGUGCAGGAAAGUGGAAAUAAUUACUAAGCACUUAUUAGAAUUGAUGUUUAGGUCCGACGAUUUGAGGAGCUUACUUUCAUUCUGUAUUUCUUUUUGUUUUUUUGUAUUUACUGUCUGUGUGUUAGCUACAUCCAUCUUGAUAUAUUUAAGAAAUGGUGGGUCUGAAAGUAUGGGGUUAGAAAACCUUUGGAACCAAAUGAAGUCAUAAAUGCUGUUUUGUAUUUGCCAAAUGGCUGAGCGGUUAGUCAGUUCCGGCUCACAAUAACGUCAAGCAUCGGUGACAAGGCGCCAAGGUGAAUAGUCACUGGGGCGUGUCCUGCCGCAAGACGCGCAGGCCUUUGCUAAAAACAAAAAGAUGAAAAAAAGCGGGGUCCUGCGUAGUGGCAACCAGAAGUAUAUGGGCGUUUGUAAAAUAUUCUGUAUUGGUGUUAUACUGUGAAUUGGUAACUUUGAUGAAAUAGUAUUCUUCUGUGUGUAUACAUGUAUUUUAAGUACGAUUGUAUCCAGGCAUUUGUGUAUGUUCGAGUUUUGCCCAUUCGACUUUAUUAUUCGACAUUCAUGAUUUUUGCACUAGUCACAGCUAUUCGAAGUGUGCAGAG